UGUUGGCUUACUCAGUUUACGGAAGAGCAACUGGUGGAAGUGGACGCAAUUUAAUGGAUGUUAGAAAAAUAUUUCGUCGAUCUUCGUAGACAGCGAGCUUUUAUUUCGAUAUUAGUAGACAAGAAGAGGUCACAAAAUGCCUUUAUUUGGCCAAAACGCAUUCGAUCAGGAUGUGGAGAAAGCAACCAGUGAAACUAACACGACAGAUGACUGGGGUCUCAUUAUGGAUAUCUGCGACCGGGUCGGAACAACUCCAAAUGGUGCAAAAGAAUGUCUCCGGUCAAUCAUGAAGAGGGUCAACCACAAAGUUCCUCAUGUUGCCAUGCAAGCAUUAACGUUGCUUGGUGCCUGCGUUUCAAACAGUGGAAGAAUUUUUCAUUUAGAAAUCUGUUCACGAGAGUUUGCCAGUGAAGUCCGGACUGUGCUAAACAAGGCUCACGCAAAGGUUGGUGAGAAACUGAAGGCUCUGAUGGUUGAAUGGGCGGACGACUUCCAAAAAGACCCACAACUGAGUCUCAUCGGUGCCACCAUCAAAACAUUAAAAGAAGAGGGAGUGACCUUUCCCAGCUCAAGCAACCAGAGCUCCAGCACAAAGCCCAACAGCAACCCUGCCAACAACAAACCGGCCGAUGAUGAUGAUCUGGCCAAAGCCAUUGAGCUGUCCUUACAGGAGCAGAAACAGCAGGUAGAGACUCGACCCCUCACGGUGAUCUCUGAUCCACCCUACAACACCAACAGCAUGAAGGAGUCACAUAAGGUACGCGCCCUCUACGAUUUCGAGGCGGCUGAGGACAAUGAACUCACUUUUAAGGCUGGAGAGCUUGUGCUGGUUCUAGAUGACAGUGAUCCAAACUGGUGGAAAGGAGAAAACCAUCGAGGCACAGGGCUUUUCCCAUCAAACUUUGUCACAACCAACCUGAAUGCUGAACCAGAGCCUGUGAUGUAUCUUGAGAAGACCGUAGUUCCUGAAGAACCCACCAUUGAAGUCCAAGCUGAACCUGAGCCCGUGUUUAUAGAUGAGGAGAAGAUGGACAAAACUCUCUUUCUGCUCCAGAACACAGACCCUGCAGAUAACACACCUGAUAGCCAAGAGCUGCUCACAUUAGAAGGUGCUUGUGAAAAUAUGAACCCAAUGAUAGAUGAGAGACUUGAAGAAAUCGACAGGAAGCACUCAGAAUGGUCCGAGCUAAAUGUGAAGGUGCUGGAAGCUCUGGAGCUGUAUAACCAGUUAAUGAACGAGGCUCCGCUUUACAACGCUUACUCCAAAAUGCAGUCUGUACAAGGCACUUACCCAGGAGCCCCUGCUCCGCUUCCUAUGCAGGGUUAUCAGCCAUCUGGAGCCUACAUGUCUACUGGUGUUCCUCAAGGCUAUAGUCUGAGUUCAGAUCAGGCUGGCCCUCUCUGUUCUCUCCCUCCGUCAGUCAAUUCGGCAGCUGCUGGUCAGGCCGCACAACCCCCCUACAUGAGUGGUCCCAUAAAUGCACAAUACAUGAACCAAGCUCAUGGUGGCCCCGCUCCUUAUCCACCACAAAUGGGUGUGGCUAUGGACAUGUCUGGAUAUCAGAACGCUAAUGCUGGUGUGCCUCCAACCUCCUAUCCAAUGUCAGCCCCGGCCCACCCUGCACCUCAGCAACAGCAAGCAGCUUUCUACCAGCAACCCCUGCUGUAAGGCCAUGCCAAAGGUCCUAGUUUAGAGUCACAAUAUCCGAUGCAAAUUCCAAGCAAGUGGUAAAAUUGGGUGAAGAGUGUUUUCUUCUCUACUAUAAUAAUGGAGAGGGGUAUGCAGAGGUUAGACACUUCAUUGUCUUUCCUUUUUUCUUAACUCUGUGAAGAUGUUUAGGGCAGGUUCAGAGUCGUUGAAAUGCAUUACACUAACCUGAAACAACAAUUUUGUCAUCUCAUGAUACUCACCAGCAUAUUCUUUAUGUACAUGAAUAUGAAUUUUAAGAUGCAUACUCUUUGUUUAAAGAUAUAAUGCUUGGUAGGCUUACAGUUCAUUGUUGAUCACUGAAAGACCCCAAAACUUCAAUUACAUCCCUUUUUAGAGAAAAAAAAAGUUUUUUAUAGCGCAGUAGAGGACAAUUGUAUGAAGAAGAUUAUAAUUAGGUGGAUCAACAAAUCUGGAAAGAAUUUACGUGCCAAGACUCAGCACUUGUAGAAACAAGAAAUGAUACAAUCAGAAAUGGUGGUUAAAGGUCCAAAGUGCUGUUAUUGAUUCAGAACAAUAGGACUUGCAGCACUGUAACAACAGUUUGAAGCCAUUUUCGUUGGCAUGUAAAAUCCUUUGCAAACCGUGCUUUGGAUUUACAUGAAUUGAAAGUAGUCACAGAUGCAAUCCCUUUAUGGUCAAUCCAUAUGUUUCACUGUAUAUUGAUAUUUAUAAUAUGGGAGUACCGCUUAUGUUUGCGUUGUGGGUGUUUUUGUCAUUCAACUUAAUUUAAGGCUUGUAAAAUCGCAGUACAAUACAUUAUAAAUUUACAGAUAUGAAAUACAGAAAUUAAAAAUAGUUGUUGCUUUUUGCUUCUUGGGUAUGUAAGAAAACAUUUUCUGACAACCCUUCACCCUCAAAUCAAGUCGUUUGAUGAUAUGGACAAAAUAUAACAAUUUUCAUUCUUGUUAAAAUUGGAUUAUAUAGUAUAAAAUAGAUGAUUCGUCUUUAUUUUUUUCUUAAACUGCUUGAUUAAAGAAAAUGUAUAUUAGAUGUUAAAUACCUGGCUUUGUCUGUACUGCACCUUAACUUUAUACACAUUUAUUUACCACCAGAUGCCUUGGUCUUACAAAAGAUGAAAUCAAACUAGACACCAAUUUAAAAAAAAAACUUUAUUUCAAAAGCUGCUGUAUAUUUGUAAAACUAUAUGUUUUAAGAGAUUUAGAAGGAAAUCUGUAUUGUACCCUUGGACUCAAUGUUUUGUAACAUCAAGAUUUAUUUGUAUCUUUCCUGUUACUUUUUCAAAUUCCUUUUGUAACAAGGUGAACCCUUAUAGUCUUCAAAAAAUAAAAUGACAUGUGUUUCAAUA